CUUAUUCGUGCUACACUCAUCAUGGGUUUUUUUUUCAGCUUUUCGCUCUCGUGAGGCUUUAGUAACAAUGAAUGAUUCGGUAGGUUUCAAAUGCCUUGACCCGCCAACCAGGCCGAAUAAGUAACCAGUACUUUGGUGGUUUCUUAACCCACCUGGAAAUCAAGUCACAGCAGAGAGUAGAAAGAGGCGGGCAAUGCUUAGUCGCCGAGUAUUUUUUUUUUUGUUUUUCUGGGACCGAGAAAAAAACAUCUGCAAGCCAAGCGCGGAGAACUGUCGCAUUGAAUGAUCUGCUUUUUUUUGUGUGUUUGCAAAUCCUAAUAAGCAGCAUUUUUUUUUCUCUCGUUUUGCCUCUCUCUCACUCUUUCUUUUGAAGCACCUUUUUUUAUCUUCUACUUUCCUUACCUUUUCUCUCUCUCUCUCCCUACCACCCUACUCACCGUUUUUACUCUUUGUAAAUGAAUAUUCAAGACUAUAUUCCAUCUAAUGCAAAGGAAUCCCAACCUUUGCAUUAUGCAAACGGUGAUGACCUUAUUCGCUCAAAUAACUUUGAGUCCAGCAGACGCAUAACGGCAUCUUCUUCGACAAUGCUUUCGAGUAUCCCAGAAAACGAGGCUGCUACAACCACUAUGGCUCCGGCGGUACCGUCCAUAACGACAACACAAGGCAUGAGCAACGCUAAUAAUAUGUCUUCGUCGAUUGCUGUUGGCGACGACUUUGGACAGCAACCAGCAACACAAGAUUUAAUUGACAGUGACACGCAAGAUUCAGUACAAGACACAUUGGACCCAGCAUUGCUGCUUUCUCGAUACUCUCGGUACGACAAGCGCAAAAGUAGUCCUGCAGUAUUGGGCUUAUUGCCAGGUCUAAGUCAAAAUCAACUGGCCAUGCAUUUGUCACAGCAACGAAAUUCGAUUGAGGCUGCCAUGUUGCUCGCCAAUUUGAAUAAGCUUAGUACGGAAGCCACUACAGCUGCCCCCACAGCAAGCAACAGCAGCAGUAGCAGCAGCAAACCUGAACAAGGCAACAAGGGCACACCAUGGCAGGAUGACAUGUCUCUUGAGACACAGCAAAAGUCUAGUUGGGAUGACGAUCUCGGCACCUCUUUGGAAGCAGAAAGUAUGCGGCGCCACUCGUAUGAUGUGGGCAUGACCUGGAACACCAUGCCCGAAUCUUUCCUUGGCCGGUCCGAUCUCAUGCCGAAUCUUGGAAGCUCGUCUUCCUCCACCGAAAACGAAGAAAUGGAAGUGUCAGCAUCAAAGCUUACAUGGACGCAAGAUGGUAUGGUCGUGACUGGGAACGACACAGGCUCUUCGACGACAGGCGAAUAUGCACACAUGUUUGAAUUCAUGCAGCAUCCAACAUCUCCACGACCGCCCUCUUCGCCACCAUCACUACCACCAUCAUCAUCACAAACGCCCUCGUUUCCAAAACACUCGCCGUUUUAUUACCAGCAGUUACCGCCUCCACCCUAUCCGCCUCCACAUCCAUCGUAUCCUGCAUACCAACAACAACUGCAACACCCGCAUCAGCAAACCCAAGGUGUUUCACAACCGCCUCUGCCACAACAUCCUCAGAUGACUGCCCAUCACGACCAGUCUCGUCCUUUACCGCCACCUCCACAGCCGAUGGAUCCUUACUAUCGUCCGUACAACCAGCAUCCAAUGCAUCCUCCUCCACACCCUUACUAUUAUCAUCCUCACCAACAGCCACCGCCACACCAGGGCCCUCCACCGUUGAUGCACCCAGCACAGAUACCCGGAUCGAUGCAAGCUGCACCACCCCCUCCUCCCGCGGCACCACGAACCACAAAACGGAAAAAGGCCAAGGUGGAUGAAGACGAAGGCGAUGUGGUGGAGCCAGGCGACCCUGAUUUCCCUGACAUGGCACAACGAGACGUUGAAGCUGCUCGUAAUGAUCCAGAGGCUCGUCCAAGACGUCAAAAAAUGCGUUUUGAUGAUGACCAGUAUACUCCACGAUGGGUCCGUUAUAAUGGUCAGGCCAAGGAAGGUCUUUGUGAUACGUGCACGCCGGGCAAAUGGUUACAGCUCAAAAACAGUGCUUUUUGGUAUCACAAACAGUUCUUCCACGGUAUUUCUUCAGUUUCGGGUAGACCAUUCAUCCAGCCAGUGGAGACUCGAUGGGUUGACCAAGAUCUAGUGGAAGGCCUAUGCCAUCAAUGCGGUCAGUGGGUUGCGGUCAGCAAUGUCAAAAGGAAGAACAGUGUUCUGUGGUAUCGUCACGCACACAAGUGUCACGUAUAUCACAAACCUAAAACGGGAACACCUAAAAAACGUUAAUAUCGUAUACCUUGUCCUUCUCUUUACUGCACUUUCAAAAGCACACUCUCCUAGCACAUCUCGAACGCACACAACCACACAACCACACACACACGUACACAUAUUACCAUCACACUAGCAGUAACAACAUCAAAAGUUUUUUCCUCUUUAUUUUCAUACACUUUGCUUAUCGUUGUGCUCUGAAGUAUUAGUAGAAAACACAUCACACACAAAUUUUAUUUUCUCUUUGUAUAUAAUAUUGUUAUCCCUCCCCAGCCUUUUUUCCUCGCCCUACACUUUUCCUUUUCAUUUGUAUGUUGUAAAAAAAUAACGCAAAAAUAGCUAUAAUACACUCUUUAUC